AUGUCAGCCCCCCUACGGCCGCGUGCGGGUCGUAUGAAGCGUCUUGUGAAGCCUACCAAAAAUCAAGAGAUGCGUAGCGCUGCUCUGCGCUCCAAAUUGGCUGCUCUUCUGAAUGGCGAAACCCCGAGUGAUAUUCAAGAGAGUCCCAUCCUUCAGCCAGACAUAGUGGAAUCGAUGGAAUGGGAGGAUGAGGUGCUGGAUGUCGCGGAGGAGAUGCCUUGGAAGCGCCAUGGACGGCAUUUCGAACUGCAACAUAUGCUUCCCCGCCCCUCCCAUAUUCCCCCUUCCGUCCACUACGCCUGCGAAUCUGGAUGUACUUCGCUCACCCACAGCACUGUCCAAUGUUUAUAUCCAACCCAUAUGCAAACCGUGUCGAUCUCCACGUGUUCCUGCAAGUCUCUUGGCGCAAUUCUUGUUCAACAUGGAGUUUUCCCCUCGUCACCAAGACGGCCUCGCAUAGGCAUCUCCAUCGAUCUUCUCGAGCUCUACCGCGCUGUAUUUGAACGAUCGUGCGAUGCAAUCACGGCCUUGGCUCACGCCCUCCGUACCGUUUACGAACGUCGUGGAUAUCAAGUUCUCUCAACAAAGCAAGCGGGUGCUCGUGCCUCGGAUCCAUUUCGGCAGAGCUUGACCCAAGCCGUGCUGUGGUCAAGCAACCUCCGAGACCGCCUUCAGUCUCGCCUCACUGCGGUACUGGCCUCUGCGGAGGAUGCUAUAACAAGCGCUACUCAGGGUGCUACUCAAGGUGCUACUCAAAGCGACAUCGAUCACUCAGCAUCAAUGGGUAGCAUCUCCUCGUCAGUCGUUUUGAACGAAGCUAGCCACGAUAGCUCUGCGACGCCAACUCCACUGGUCGACAACAACAAUAACCCUCAAGUAACGCUUCAAACUGCAGCACGGACUGGGGUCGUCCACUCAGUAGGCACGUAUUCAAGCAUUCUAUUUGUUUGCUUCUUUGGCACUGACUUGGCCGUUAGUGGUGGCGACAUCCAGCUAGCCGGAGAUGCUUGUUUUAGCUAUCGCCAUCUGCGCUCCGCUGGCGAUGGUCCGACAGGAUAUCAACCAAAGUACUUCAUUGGCAAAGAGAAAGUCGAUGCAGUCAAACGUCGGAUGGACGAAGCAAGACGGAGGCGACCAGCACCAGCAGAUGAUGGAUGUGCGGAGAACUGGAAUGCUGCCAACGAGAAGAAGAGGGUGGCGGAUCCCAAGCGAUAUGACGCGAGCGGCAUCUUCGCGCUGACCUGUCGACACUCUCAGGUGAUCUUCAUGUGCAACAUCGACACACCUGGCGAACAACACCACUAUAUUGUUGCCCUUCUCGAAGAAGUGCUCUCUCGCCUCCCCCUUGGUAGCGACCAUCUGGCAAGCUUACGAUCAUUCGUAUUGAAUGCAAUGCAUGCCUAUGGGCAUGAAUGGGCGUGCCAACUCUUGUACAAUCCGCGAAUGGUUGUCGGAAUGGGAUUGACUGAUAAUGAAUGCAUCGAACGACUGUGGUCCCGUAUUCGCAAGCUUAUUCCAAUCACGCGCGGACAGUGGAAUUCACGGCGUAUAUGGACAAUCGACCAGUACGCUGCCUUCGUCAAUGAGGAUGGCUUCUAUAACCUAAGCGCUUGGAUACUUCGACAAGAUUCCAAAAACCUAGUCGCAAAAUACAAGGCGGCCGUGGCUACCCUACGGCGAUGUGGUGUUCCAGUCACUAAGCUUCGAGUUGAGUGGGAGGAGCAAAAGGCAGCGCAAAUUUCUGCGCGAAGACAUGCUCCAAAGCGUUUGCGUCGUGAAUUAGACAAAGUUAUCGCACUUCAAGCCCAAAUUGAUGCAGUGGAGAAAUCGAUUGACGACGUACAACAAUCAAUCCCCAACAGAGCUCCUGGAAGCACCUCGCGCGAGUUGUUAACCGAGCUCCAGGCAACACAAGCAGAGCUGCAACGGCAAGCCGAGGAGUUGUACGCCUCACUCAACAUUCCUGGCAUAUAUCCGGCACUUCAGGGACUCGCCCCAGAGCUCGCGCGGCUUCUUCUCAUGAUGCGCGACCUGAAAAUCAGUAUUCGAAAGAAGGCAAUUGGCUCCUUUCAAGAAUGGGAGACUCUGGAUCAGGCUGUUUCGGGACGACGGGAGCCAUUAGGAACCAAAAUGUACCAAGCGACUCGCUCCACUAUUACCAAACGCCAACCAGCGCUCAUCAAGGCUCUCAAGAAAUUCAACGCAUAUUGCUCUGAAUUCGAGCUGCUACGACCAUCUGACUGUCUCAUUCCAGUCCCGCAACCACUUCCCACCCAACUCAGUGCCCUGCGAGCCGACGAAUCUUUGCACGAAGAUGUCUGGAUUACGCCAACAGAAGGACGGCCGCCUCGAUGGCUCGAUGACGAGGAUGUCCGACAGGGCAUCCGUUGUCUUCACACGCUUGAUCGGUGCCGAGAGGAAGCGCUGCGAUUGAGGAUGGAGAAGGAGAAUCUGCAUCGGUGGUUGGAGAGCGAGGUCCGAGUCGUAACCUAUGCUCUGGAGCAUUGUCAAGAUGCUCUUGUACAAUUGCCCCUUCGUGAGCGGCGGGAGUACUUGGCCAUUCUAGGAGCUUCGUGGGCAAGAGGCUUAACAAGCACCUCUAUUGGUAAUCGCACUCUUGACAUACCAACACUCAUAGCUCCGACAAGCCGUCAGGAUGCUCUUCCUGCACCUGUUCAGGUAGAGCUUCAACCGUCUGAUGAACUCGAUCAAGAUGCUGAGGAAUCGCCAUUCGACUCUCCUCAAGAUGAGAUGGCACUAGAGCCCGAUUUGGAGAUGCUGGUGGAUGAUACGAUCAAUGCUCAGGAGACACUCGUACUCGAAGAAGAAGGCGGAGAUGAUUCUCCUGAGGGAGCGGAGACAGUAUACGCAUUCAAGCAUUGUGACGAAUCGCCUCCUGUGCAGGUUGACACAGAGCUUUUCGAGUGCUUGAAAAACUACGUUAAUCAGCAUCCCGCUCAACGAAGUGCCAACACUUCAUGCACCAUCAUCGACAUAACUGGCCGCAAGCAUUUCAUCGACUCAACGGACCUUGAUCGCCUCUUGCAUCGCAAACGAUGGCUGAACAACUUUUGCCUCAAUGGUGUCGCAGCCAUCAUUAUGCAAAACUUCAUGUCUCCGACCAGCUCCUGUGCGCUCCUGAGUACGCUAGAUCUCCACCGAGUUCAAUAUGGCACGGACGACUCCGUUCUUUGGCAUCAUCUUGCACCGACACUCUACUGGGAGAAGGAUCUCUGGCUUAUUCCGAUUCAUCGACGGCAGCAACAACACUGGGUUUUCGCGAUCGCAUCGAAACAGGAACAGCUGUUGUUUAUCUACGAUAGUUUUGCGGAUGCUACUGGCUGGAACUCCGACCUUGAGGAUAUCAUGAAACUUCUCGCUCAAAUGACUAAGCUAGCGAGUGCGAAUGGCCACCAUAUCCCCUCUGUCCACUCCAAGCGGCCGUGGCUUGUUCACCCCUUAUUCCAAGCGGUAUGUCCUCCUGCUUCGCAUAUUUGA